UCUACUCCGGAUUAACAGACUGCCAGCAUGGCUGUGGCUGAGGCACUGAUGCCUGCCUUGACAUCGUUCCCAAAUUUCAAAGCGGUGGAUAAUCUUUGCAAUAUGGAUGAAUGGGUGCGGAGCGUUGCAACAGGUGGCGCAGGGAGUCCGCGCAUUGAGGUUGACUUCAGCAUCGUUCACUCUCCUUCUGCGCCCCACAAAGAUGAAGACGAGCUCGGGAAGUUUCUGGACCUUGAGUUCAUCCUGUCUAACACCAUCUGCACUUCUGCUGGAAACAACGACAGAGGGGACGUGUCUCCCUCGCAGCAGCAGCAGCAGUGCGGGUACCCCCUGCCGGAGUCGCCGGAAAGCUGUGGCGGCGGUUCUCUGCCAGACUGCGCCGAUCAUCCUCCUUCUCACCUGGCCGCACAGGGCUAUCAGGGCGUCGUCAGCAGCUUCGCGGAGUCGAACCCUGUCCGCAGCCUGAUGGCGGAGCUUCUCACGCCUGAGAUGAGUUAUACAGAGGAAGACGCUCUGGAGAGGACAGGCAAGGCGAGGGAUAACUGCGAGUUCACAGAACUGCGGGCUUUAAAUUGUCCUUCUCACCCUCAAGCGGCUUCAUCUCCAUCCCCGCUUGGAUAUAAAAUUAAAACCGAGCCCGGGGUUCAGUCAUGUAUGAUUACUGCUGGAACCUUUGUGGGAGAAGUGUAUGACAAACACCAGAUGCGUACAGCAGCUUUUACGCAUCAGCCCCCAAUUCCAGGUGCGGUACAGGGCUUCAGCGCGCACCCGAUUCAGCUUCAGGGACGCACAUUGGCGCAAAUGAACUCAUCUAUGAGUUCACAUCAUCAUCAUAAUCAUCAUCAUCAUCAUCCUGAUCAGAACCAUCUAUCAAGCCAGUACAUGAACGCACCAUAUCACCCGCAGUACCCACACCGAGGUGUGCCACAGUUCCAAGGACAGUACAGCAUGCACUGCCAGCAACACCAUCCCACCUCUCUGCAGGGGAUGAUGCUCACGCCUCCCUCGUCUCCUCUCCUGGACUUUUACGCGCACGACGAGGCCGGGGGCGUUAAGCAGAAGCGAGGCCGCAAGUCUUGGACCAGAAAACGCGCCGCCACGCACAACUGCGAGUUCCCCGGCUGCGGGAAAACAUACACCAAGAGCUCCCAUCUUAAGGCGCACAUGAGAACGCACACAGGUGAAAAGCCCUACCACUGCAACUGGGAAGGCUGUGGCUGGAAGUUCGCCCGAUCUGACGAGCUCACUCGGCACUUCAGGAAGCACACUGGGCACAGACCUUUUCAGUGUCACCUGUGUGAGCGUGCCUUCUCCCGCUCGGACCACCUGGCUCUCCACAUGAAGAGGCACAUGUAGGUCACUCUUAACUCAUGGACGGUUUUUGUCCCCCCUACCCAACGGGAUCACUGUCAGCAUUUCCAGUGACGCAUCAGGUGGUCACCUCUUAAUUGAACUGCUCUAUAUGAAUGUAAUAAAGCGUUCACAUUUAUGGGCAUGCCGGCCUGCAAUCCUUAAGUACUUUAAAAGGAAAUCCAAAGUGCGAAAAGGUGGAGAUUGUGUUUUUAUUUUCCACAAGUGCCUCAUUUUCCACCAAAUCAAGUGCCUCUGAUGGUUUUUGUAUAUUUUUGUAUAAAAUGACAAACACUGGCUAAGUUAUAGUAGUUUAGUAUUUAACUCUUUUCUUCCAUCUGCCUUUGUAAUAAGUUAUUGAUACGUUGUUGAGUAUCUUAACCAGACUGCUUUAUUCACUCACUGUGGGCAGGACCCAGAAUUGUACAUCAGUAUAUAUGUUUUUCUCAUUGUGUGUUUUUAAGAAUAUACUAAAAUAAGGUCAAGGUUGCCAUGACAAUUUGUACGUUUUUUUUUUUCCUGAACAUAAAAGAUGUCAUAGCCUUGCCUCGCAUUGUGGGACCGGACUGCAGUUAUUAUUUGUCUUUUUGAAGGUUCACCUAAUCAAAAAGAGCUAAUUCAGGUACUAAGCUAGUCUUUUAGAACUAACAGACACAUCUUCCCUCAGCUUGUCUACAUACUGCUCAUUUUAUCAGGACUACAGUCAGGAAUAUGAAUUUGAAUGUUGAGUGACUGUCUAAGAAUGAAGUAUCCACUGUAAUCACUGGUUAAACGGCUUUACUUGAAACUAAAAUGUAAGCUUGCUUAAGUGUACUUCUGAUGGAAUGCAACUGUUUUGUAUGUUCUCAAGGGCUCUAAAAUAAAAUACUUUUACAAUAAACAA